GAGAGCUCCAUCACAAGCUCCCACCUCUUCACAAGACUCUGACCCGAUGAAGAGCUUGGCCCUCUCUAUGGGAGAAAGAUCAUUUUCAGUAUCCGCACAGUUGUUUGUUUCAUACCGGGAACCUGUAUUCAUGCGAGACUUUCAGUUAUUUCAUGUUUAGGGCGGUGAGUUGUUCAGGGGCGCAAAAAAACUGGCCCUAAAAUGCCAAAGAAUUCACGCUGUGAAACACCGAAAACGGAAUUAUCGGCUCUCAUGUAAAGUAAUAUCUGUUUGAUUGUUUGUUUGUUUUUUUUUAAAGAAGCGAAUUGAAGAAUUUGGGAUAAAAUAUCCAGAGGUUAUAAACAGAAGUCGGAACGGAGUCAGUGUAUCCGUGGUAUUUUAUAAGCAUUCCAUCCAAAUACUCCUGAGGUCGGAAGAAGUUGAAUAGGAACAUCAUUGCUUGCUGUUUUGCCACGCUGCAUCUUCAUCCGACAUAUUGUGUCCUAAGCCAUGGGGGCAUUUUUGGACAAGCCGAAAACGGAGAAGCACAAUGCCCACGGUGCAGGUAACGGCCUGCGUUUUGGCCUGAGCAGCAUGCAGGGCUGGCGAGUGGAGAUGGAGGACGCUCACACAGCAGUGGUGGGCCUCCCUCAUGGCCUGGAUGACUGGUCUUUCUUUGCCGUUUAUGAUGGGCAUGCCGGUUCACGUGUGGCCAACUACUGCUCAAAACACCUACUGGAGCACAUUAUCAGCAGCAACGAGGACUUCCGGCCUGGUCGUGACUCUGUGGAGGGUGUGAAGAGCGGAAUCCGCUCUGGCUUUCUGAAGAUAGACGAGUACAUGCGCAACUUUUCUGAGCUGCGUAAUGGUAUGGACCGUAGUGGGUCGACGGCUGUGGGCGUGCUGCUCUCACCCGAGCACCUCUAUUUCAUCAACUGCGGCGACUCUCGUGCCGUGUUGUGCCGUGCUGGUCAAGUGCGCUUCUCCACUCAGGACCACAAGCCCUGCAACCCUCGUGAGAAGGAGCGCAUCCAGAAUGCUGGCGGCUCUGUUAUGAUCCAGCGUGUCAAUGGCUCCCUUGCAGUGUCGCGUGCCCUCGGCGACUACGACUACAAGUGCGUGGAUGGAAAGGGACCCACGGAGCAGCUGGUGUCGCCUGAGCCUGAGGUGUUCGAGAUUCCUCGUGUUCCAGAUGAGGAUGAGUUUGUGGUGCUGGCUUGUGAUGGCAUCUGGGACGUCAUGAGCAAUGAGGAGCUGUGUGAAUUUGUGCACUCCCGGCUGGAGGUGUGUGAUGACCUGGAGAAAGUCUGCAACUCUGUAGUGGACACGUGUCUACACAAAGGCAGUCGUGACAACAUGAGUGUUGUGCUGGUGUGUUUGCCCAAUGCACCCAAGAUAUCGGAGGAGGCAGUGAAGAGAGAGGCAGAGCUGGACAAGUUUCUGGAGUCUCGUGUUGAGGAGGUCAUGGAGAAGUCAGGAGAGGAAGGCGUCCCGGACCUGGCUUGUGUCAUGCGCAACCUCUCUGCUGAGAACAUCCCAAACUUACCACCAGGAGGUGGUCUUGCGAGCAAACGCAGUGUAAUUGAGGCCGUGUACAACAGGCUUAACCCACAUAGAGAAGAUGAUGGGGACGACCAGGGAGGUGCGGCCGGCGAGGAUGAAAAGAGCAGUGCUGCUGCCCAUCUCGUGGAGGUGCUCCGGCAGUUCCGCCUCAGUCACCGGGGCGAGUAUCGCCACACGCUGGAACAAGCCCUCUCCACCUAUCGGCUGUCCAGUGCUCAGGAGGAGCGUCCAUUACACCCGCCAUCCACUCCCAGCGAGCCUCUAAACUCUGAUGACGGCGCAGAGGAGGCAGCCAUGCCGGCAGCACUUGACGAGCUUUCCAAUCCUCCUGUCGCAUAACCCUUGAUACCAAUUUAGUCAUUUCAGACCCCAAAUUCCCUCUUCCUCCCUGGCUCAGGGCAUUAGUUAGCGUCCUGGAUACCCCAUGGCACGUCUCCCUUCCAGCACAGUUCCAGUGCAGGUUUUUGGUUCAUUAUUUGGCUGUAUUUAAGUAUUAAUGAGGAGAGAGAAUUUGAUGGCCCGAAAUCAGGGUCAGUCAUUCCUCAGUAGGAAUGUCAAUAAAGGGAAAGGUUAGAUCACUAUUCUUGUAACUGAAAACCUGCCCAGUAACUGUAAAUGAUAUCCUUGGCAUAUUCCAGCACUGUCUACAAGUCAGUACUUUUCUGAUGUGCAGCACUUAGAAUUGAUCUAAUCUUGACCUUGUGGAAUCUAUAUUUAGCCAUAAGUGAGAAUUUCAGCGGUGCCAUGGAAUCGACCCUUUGUGAUCUAAAUACAACCUCCUCUCCCCCCAAAAAAAAAACCUUGCAACCCUUUUGGAUGUGUUAUUUCUGUGUUUACACUAUUGGACAAGAUAAAAAUGGAUUAUACAAACUGGAGCUUGCCAAGGACAUUGGUCGCAUUUUGCUCUUGUGCACAACAGCACACGCAGCUUGCCAUGCACUGCAUGUGUAUGUUGCAUUUUGUUUGUAGGAAGUGUGUCUGUGUGCAUAGAAUUAGAAUUCAUAGGUUUUGCUUCAUUAUGAUGCUGGAUAUGAGGUUUAAUUAGUUUGUCUAGCAAAAGACAAAAACAAAACAAGUAUGGACAUUGUUGGGUAUGGUUUUGAACAGUAUAUCAGUUUGUAUUGGGUUGCGUACACAUGUCUGUCUGUUUCAUUGCCUACAUGUGUGUAUGAUCAAAGUCUCAUUUGUUUGCUGUUGUCUCUGAGUGUUUGGGGAGGAAGAAGGACUUUCCAGGGAGUUGCCAUUAAAAGCACAUCAUCGUAAAUGCAGUCACACUAUUAAAAGCUCUAAAUGGAAUAAUAAUAAUAAUGGAAAAACUUGUCUUUUAAUUCAAGUACAUGGUCAUGCAUUCAUAUAAAAACACAGAUGACAGGACCUCUAGAGGAGGAUGAGCUUCUUCAUCACAUCACAAUCCUCAGGUUAACGGACAGACCGUUACUAUUACAAAGAUACCUGUCUUUUGCAUAGUUUGCACAUAAAUGCUUAUAUCAGUAUGUGAACUGGAUAUUUUGUGAUCCUGUCUACAAAGAUUACGUGUCAUGACCAAAGAUACUAUUGCUUCUGCCUUCUCUUAUUAUUUUUCUCUGAUGUAAAAGGGGAAUAUGGAAAUAAUUUGUGGAAAUGUUGACAUUUGAGUUAAUUGCAUACUGAAAUCAAUGCAUAAUACACGCUGUAGUACUCCUAAAAGUGAGCAUAACUGCAUGUGUAAUAAUUGCUUUGGUUUUUUGUUUUUGUUGGGUUUUUUUUGUUGUUGUUUUUGUUUUUUUAACCCCUUUAAUCUUUUGACUUCCCAUCCCUCCAUAAUCAGUACAAUUAUUUUUAUGGUUUGGGUUUGUGCUUUAGCAAGACAAUGUGUUAGUUCAGUUUGUUUGAUUCUGCAGUUAUUUUCUAAAUAAAUUGCAUUGAACAAUUUAUCUGUAUUGUUUUCUUUUGUUUGUUGUUGCUUGGUUUCUUGGUGAAAACACAAUGACUGUAUAUGGUAAGUGGUUGUGAAACUUCUGCUAUACUGGCACCAUUUUCUUUUCUUUAUGCUUUCAUUGGACAGGUAGGUAUGUUAAAUACAUUCGUGGAACAUUUGGACAUCACAAACUACAAUUUGAGAAAUAUAAAUAUGAUCGAUGAACUUAACACAUUUUACCAUAUUUUGAACCAGCAGUGCAUUUAAAUUUAUGGGGGAGAUGUUUUGUUUUCAUCAGCACUGUUUCAGUGUAAUUGUCUGUUUCUCUUUCCACUUUGUUUCCACUGAAGCAGGUUCUGUCACAUUUCCUUUGAGGUACCUGGUUGUAUUGAAACUAUGCCUGGGCAGUUUGAGGUUUUUUGUUUGUUUGUUUGUUUGUUUUUUAAACCAUGUUCCUCAAUAUUUUAUGGCCCUGAUAUGAUAGUCUUCUGAUUGGGUGUUCCUCUGGGGAGGCUUUAUAAGUCAUCAACUGCUAGAAUGAUUGGAGUGCUUUUGAAAUAUAACCCUUGCUUAAGUUGCAGAACUUCCAUUUUGCAUUUUAUAAAAUAAUAUUUCUUUAUUUAUUUUAAAUUUUUGGUCCUAUCCACAUGCUUUGCCCAUACUGCUGUUUCCUUGCUUCUUCCUAGGCAGCUAUUUCUCCAUAAUUAUUUUUUUUUUUCUUUCAGAUAUCUUAUUUCUUCUCCUCUCUUGUUUUCUCCUUGUCGCAGAGUGGAGGUGACCUGGAUGACCCGUGGUAGCCAGAGACACCCCUGACUGCAGUCUUCACACGAGAAUGUCCUCAGUUCACACAAAACGAAAAUCUUUACUCACAAUUUUUGGUUUUGAUUCCGAGAGAUUCAUAGGAAAUAUUCAAAGCCUGGAACGAAAACACAAAUGCAUCAAAACACUUCUUUUCGACGAUGAGGAAUCUACAGAAAUGGCAAGAUUUUUUUUUUUUAGAACUGCACCAUUGUAUGGUAGAGAGAAAUAAUUUCACUUUUUGUUCUAUGAAUAUUUUUUUUUUUUUUUUUUUCCCCCUUUCCCACUGUAAGUUAAGAGUGAUGAUGAGACUGAGGAUUUGUGGCUUCUUAAGCUGUAGGAGAGACUCUGGACUUGAUGGCUGGUGGACAGACUGCAGCACCAGCGAGAGCUCUGAGAGGGAGAGGCAAGGUGUUUGGACCUCCGUCAAUGGUGCAGAGUGCUCUAGCAUGAUGAGCUUCCCCUGCACGUCCUCACCUGUCUCAUACAUGGCUCUCCUCCUCACUCUACGCAUGCAUAGCUUUCCAGAGACAUGACCGAUAGGCAUUACUUAUUUCAGAGUGUUCACCAUGUUCAGCCACCAAAUGCCACCAACUCUAUUUAAACCCUGCAUUUACACUCUUCUGAUUUUUCUCUUGUUUGUCAUCCUGCUGCUUGAAUAGCCUUAUAUAUCCUUUUGCAUUUUGUUAGCGGUUAUAUUUUGUCAGAUGCUAGUUUUGGUGCUUGUAGUAAAACAAACAAACAAAAAAAGUAGUAGCACUCAUUAGUACUAGCAUUAACUAGGACAUGUGCACUCAGCAACUCGAGGGAAAAUGAACUACUGUAGGGAGUGUAAAUAUAGUGAGCGUUUGGGUUUUGGGUGGCCUUGUGCGCUGACCUUCCACUUCCUGUGGCACUCAUGAUGAAACUGAGCUUCACAAUCCAGUUCUAAAGGACCCUCAGACGAAUUCAGAAUUUUUAUCAUGUUCUGCAGCCUUUGAUUUAAAUCUGUUUUACUAAGUGAAAUCUAUUUUUGUGCAGUAGAUGAUUUAGAACAAGUUGGGGAUCGAGAAGAACCGGCUGCAAAACCUCUCCUUUAAAACCUCCAAAUCUUUUACCUUUGCUCGUCCUCUCAUUUCUCUACUUGUGGUCCUGACUUGUGGCUUGCCUUCUGAUUUUUUUUCUCUAAAAACAGUGUACUAUGUAGAACCAUUUAACACACAACAUUUUAACUUAAUUUUUAAACAAUUCUGCAUUUUUAAGCUUUUUAUUAAAGCUUUUUUUAUUCAUUAUGAUCAAUGGUAUAAUUGGUAUUGUUUGCAGCUAGAUUUGGUUACAGGGGAAUAUCAUGACCUAAAUAAAGUAAUUGUGACGGUUGAGGUUGGUAAAAUAUUUCUACAGCGAAACUGCUGAACUGCAUGCAUGCAUAUAAUAUCGUCAUGUUUGCUAAGACAACAGCAAGCAAACACUACUCCAGUAAUGCUCCAGUAGGUACUGGAAUUUUUCAUGGGUGAAUCAUUUUUCCCCCCUCCUCUCCACACCUCUAAUUUCUAGCACCCCCUUUUUGUGUCUGGCAGUGAAUUGAUGGUUAUUUAACUUAACAGUAUUUUUGGUUUCACAUGUUAAUUUGUGCCUGUGAGAAUGACUGGAAGAUCCUUGGCAUUAAGGGUUUGCUUGCAGGACACUUUGCUAUGGAUGAAUGUACCCCUUGUUUACACAUACAUGCAAACAUGCAUGUGUAGUGUUGAACAACUUACAUGUUGCUUAUGCCUCUCAUGCAUGUGUUCAAAUAUGUUCAAGUGUAUCAACACACACACGGGUGACAAAUUAUAGACUUGUACCGUGGAGGGCAUUUUGCUGGUAUGAAACAUUUCUGUUCGUAUGGGAGUGGUUACUUCAGGAAUGACUCCGCCCCAUCCAUAGCCCAUAAGUACUCACUGUGCCAUCACAGUGACCACAUCUCAACCCAUUUGCACACGUAUGGGAGACUGGAAUCAUGUUCUAGACAUCACUCUGCACCACCAUCAUCAUCAUAAAACACUGAUUGAGGUAAUAUAUUUUGUAAGAAUGUUCAUCUGUACAGUUUCAGAGACUUGGUGAAUCUGUGCCAAAGCCUAUAUGAGCUCUUCUGGCAGAUUGAGGUGGCCUAACAUCUUCCUAAAAUAUUUGGUACCUUUAAUUUGUCACUUGUCUGUGUGAUAAUCAGUCGAUCUUGAUACACACUUGUCAUUUAUGCUCAUUUGAGCUAAAUGUAUGUCCAAUCUACCGAAACUAUGAUUUGCAUUCAAGGCCUUUCUUAAAAGAUGUUUUCUUUCCCCUCCCUACUGAUUUUUCACUGACCUCACCUGAUCUGGUGUGCAGCUUUAAAAUGUGUCGCUCAAUUUGAGAUUAUUGUUAAUAUGUGUGUGUGUGUGUGUGUAUUUAUAUAUAUAUAUAUAUAUAUAUAUAUAUAUAUAUAUUUGCAGUUUUAAUUCCCACUGGUACAAAUAAAUUGUAGCUAUAUGCUGGAAAGCUUAAUUUUAUGAUGGUUAGAACUAGGAAAUAAAUUUACUAAAUGAACUGAAUUGAAAUGGCAAAAGAUAUAUAUUUUGUGCUGUGGGUGCUCGUGGACAUGCACCCGAUCAUAUUUUUAUUUUUAUUUUAUUUUUUUGUAUAUCUAAAAUGGUUGAUGACUAGAUUGAUUGUUGCGACAGAUUUUAUUUAUUCAGAAGACGUGGCUUUAUGAGAUGUGCUUUGUGAGAGGGAGGAGGGUUUGAGAGGAGUUGGGAGGGGGGAGAUUGCUGGCCCAAUCUGUUUUUGAGAUGUGUUGGAGGACUGUCUAGCUUUUUUUAUUUCCUCAGUCUAUUAAUCUCUUGCACUCUUUCUUGCUACCACAUUCUCUCUUCCUCCCUCGCUCUAUCUCUCUGACCCUCUCUAUCCACCUGCUAACAUCCGUGUAAUUAUAGUCCCCAGUACAAUGUUGUGUUUCAUUAGGAUUCAGUGAACAUGAUCUGUUAUCAAUAAAGGAUUGUUAAAGGUU